AUGGCGCAGAUGGUUGCGAUGCCUGUAGCUCACUCGCUCUCACUCAUUUGCAAUUUGACCAAAUCCAAUCCUCUCUCUCGCAACACUCUUGCUUUGCCAUCUCCAGUCACUCCCAAUAAGCAGAAUCUAAGCAUUAGAUGUGCUCGUGUUGGAGGUGUGGAGAUUCCGAGUAACAAGAGAAUUGAGUACUCUCUUCAGUACAUUCAUGGGAUUGGUCGAACUAGAGCUCGUCAGAUUCUCGUUGAUCUUCAGAUGGAGAACAAAAUCACCAAAGACAUGGCUGAGGAAGAACUCAUCAUUCUUCGUGAUGAAGUCUCCAAGUAUAUGAUCGAGGGUGAUCUGAGGAGGUUCAAUGCGCUUGCGAUCAAGAGGUUGAAGGAGAUUCAAUGUUACCGUGGGGUUAGGCACAUCCAAGGAUUGCCAUGUCGGGGACAGAGAACGAAGAACAAUUGCAGGACUCUUAAAGGCAAGAAAAUUGCAAUUGCAGGGAAGAAGAAAGUUUCCAAGUAA